AUGGUCGUCAAGCCCUUUACAAGAGAAGAAGUAGCACAGCAUGCGACUGCGGGAGACUUGCUCAUCAUCAUCGACUCGAAAGUAUACGAUCUCAGCAAAUUCUCAUCCCUCCACCCUGGUGGCCUCUCUGUUCUUCUUGACUCGGAAAUAGCGGGACAAGAUGCAACCGAAAGAUUCUACGAGCUUCACCGUGCUGAAGUUCUCGAAAAAUACGCGCGUCUACAAGUCGGUGUUAUACAAGGGGAACCAGAAAUAGCGAAUCGUGUUCCUGGCGCCCUCAGCCAAGUUCCAUACGCAGAGCCAACAUGGCUUGCUUCUGGAUACCACACUCCCUACUACAAGGAGCACCACCGUCGCUUCCAAAAGGUUUACCGCAAAUUCGUCGAGGAGGUCGUCUUGCCAGAUGCUCAAGCACGCGAAACCGAUGGACAACCGCCAUCACAACACAUCGUCGAUGAGAUGUGUCGGCUCAAUAUUCUUGCAAUGCAGAUCGGUCCUGGAAAGCAUAUGAAGGGUAGAGUGCUAAUGGACGGCGUGAUUUCUCUGGAAGAGUUUGACCCUUUCAUCGAAUUAAUCAUCACCCAAGAUGCGGCUAGACUACAUGCGCGAGGCUACAACGAUGGAUUAGGUGGCGGGACUAUCAUUGGCCUUCCACCCGUGAUUAACUUCGCACAACCUGCCCUACGAGAUCGCGUUGUCGAAGAUGCGCUCUCAGGCAAACGCCCUAUUUGUCUUGCAGUCACAGAGGCCUUCGCCGGAAGCGACGUUUCCGGUAUACGGACCAGGGCCCGUAAGACCGAGGACGGGUUCUGGAUUGUGUCAGGUACUGCUCCAAUCUCUCGAGCCAUCAAAGCUAAUCGGAGUCGUUUUCAGGAACUAAGAAAUGGAUCACGGCAAGUAACUGGCACCCGAGCUCAUUGGUUCACAACAGCUUGCAAAACUGAUGACGGAGAAAUCAUCGUCCUCCUUAUUGAGCGGGGCGAGGGAGUAGAAACUAAGCCAAUCAAGACAUUCUACUCAGCAACAGCGGGAACCGCAUUCGUUACCUUUGAUAACGUCAAAGUUCCAGAUGCAAACCGCCUUGGUCCUGGAGUUCCUGGUCUGCUCAUCAUUCUAGCCAACUUCAAUCAUGAGCGAUGGGUCCUCGUCGCGCAUAACAUUGCACGCCAACGCGUCAUAUUUGAAGAAUGCCUCAAGUGGGCGACACAGAGAAAAGUUUUCGGCAAGCCGCUCAGCUCGCAGGCCAUCGUGCGCCAGAAGCUUGCUGCCAUGAUUUCACGGUUCGAAAGCUGCCAAGCCUGGAUUGAGUCAAUCACAUACCAGAUGUGCCAUAUGAGCCCUAUGGAACAAGCUCAACAGCUCGCAGGACAAAUUGCAUUCUUGAAGAUGUAUGCCACUCGGGAGUCCCAGAAGACGGCCGCAGAUGCUGUUCAGAUAUUUGGCGGUCGAGGGAUAACCAAAACAGGCAUGUUUUUUGAAUGGGGCGCUUCGUUGAACAUGUGCUUCCACCAUUCUCUUCUCAUCGACGCGGUUGGAGGAGGAGCCGAAGAUGUUUUGGGAGAUCUUGGCGUCCGACAAGCGCUGAGAAACCUGCCACGAAAUGCCCGUUUAUAG